AUGACAAUAGAUAGUCUAGAGCUUAUUAUUGUAUUCGAAAAUGUGGCAGAAGUGUUGGUGUUAUCAGUAAAUGCGGUGCUCUCAGUCCGGCAUUUCUUCCGCCUUAAGCAUUGUCAUAAACUCGAAACCGCCAACCUGCGGAUCAUCUUCUGCUUAAGUGAUGUGUACUCGAUUACAUAUGGUGUCACAAGGACCAUUCUGUUGUUUGAUGAGUACCAAGCGUUUCUGAAUUACAUCACGUCGGAAACAUUGAAGCGAGUCCGAUGUUUCUCGCUUAUGUGGAUUCUCUAUUGGCUGACAUUUGUGUCGUUUGAGCGGUUCAUCGGGACCGUUUUGAUCAGCGAUAAGCAUGGGACCAUGGAGCGGAAGUGGAGGAUUACACUGCUAGUUUCCUGUGUAAGACAAAGUUUUUCACAGAAGUUUAUUGUCACACAGCUUAGAAUAAGUUUUUUCUAAGACAUAUGCGAGUCCCCUAGGUCACGCUUUGCGGAAAAAGGCCGCGAAUUUUAGGCCGAAAGUUGGACAGAAUGUCUCACUUUUACACCAAUUUCGAUGCGACAAGUCAUGCCUACUAGCGUAGGAGGUAAUGCUUCCACAAAAAAUCUAUUUUUUGAAACUGGCAAAGAUAGGAACUAAUUGUAUUUCUCUCUGAUCGCUCUCCACGUUUCACAUAAUCCCUCGGCGGUAAAGAUCAAUCAAUAUAUCGGCUUCCUCUGGAAAGCACGAGCCAAAAGUUUAAAGAAUUGAUUCGUGGCGUAUGCAAAAUUUAAAGAAAAUCAAUUGCUUUGAAAUUAGGGCCUAUAGAACCAGUAAUUUCAGCAUUUCUUGUGCCUUUUUGGGACCAUCAUCGAUAAAAUACGUAAGUAAACAUUGCAGAAAGCGAAACGUCUGUUUCUAGCGGAUUUUUAUCCUGGCACAACGAACGAGAUUCUGGUGCCAUCUACCGUGAUUCUUUCGUCCUUUUCUAUAGCGGUGAGUGGUCUGUCAUGCGCGUAGAAAAUCAAUUUCUUUUACGCAAAACUCUCGAAGAUACGAAGUAUUUUUAUAUCAUGUACUCUCUGGGCUGAAUUAACUAGACUCGUGUACAUUUUCAGGGUUUUUUCUUGUUGAAGCGCACAAACAUCUAUUACUAUCACACGAUGCGGUUUGCCGGGUUGUCAACGCAAUUCAAGGUGAGUUUGAAGCCAGGAACGGUUGUAUUUGGAUUUCGAAACCCCUGAGCUUGUUUUCUUCAGAUUUCACGGAACAUUCGGCUGUUGAAUCAGCUCGAAAAAUGGUUUAUACUUGUGUUUAUCGACUUUACCAUCACAAACAUUGUCAUCAUUGCCAGCUACGUUGGCGACUACCAUGGCCAUACGCCGAACAGGCCAGUGUUUGGGGUAUAUCUUGUCCUCCUCGCCUUCAUGUUCACAUUGUCCUCGCUGACAGCGCUCACGCAUGACGUUAAUCAUUACGUGAGGUGAGAAGGUGGUUUGCGAUCGUGCUCUGCGCAUGCUCUUUGAAUAUUCCGCAGCUGGAAUUGGGAAUUUCUCGUUUUAGGAAGUCGGUGAAGCCACAGGACACAAAAGAAGUUGCAAUCGUCAAUGUUUUGAACCAAAACAUUUUCGUGGAAAACACGCCCGAAAACAACUUCAACGCGCUGCAACAAAUUUGGAUGGAGACGAAGAGCCAAAAGUAA